AUGAACAAGGAAAAUACGCCUUCUACUCCAGGCAAAGCCGUUGCAAAUGUUGCCAGUCCUGUGGAGUACUCACCUUCCAAGAUUCUUAAAUCGAUUUCUCCCAACAAGAGCAGUUCCAGUGUUGGCAAGUUGAACUUUUUGCAAAGCGAUAAUCUUGAUGAGCACUUCGAUCACAUCCACAAUUCACAUCAGGUGAUUCUGCAUCAGUUGUACAACUUGGAGGUUCAGACCAAGCAGACGCAUGUAGACUUGGGCCAAUUAUUUGACAGGCUGAAGAAUAACAAUCAACAUUUGAACAAGCUUCUUGAAAACAUAGCCAACUACUCGACUGAAGUAAUAACAGAGGGAAAUGCAACCAAACUAGAUAUUAAAGGUCUCACUGAGAAAUUGGAUUCAUUGAGUGAAACCCAAAAUGGUAAAGUGUUGCUUGCUCUAGAAAAGUCUUUGGCUGAAAUCAAGACUUUGGAAAGCUUACAAAUGCUGAAAGGGUCACAAGUUGAACCUGAACAAAUUGCGAACAUAGAAUCCAAAGUGACGUCUCUUUCAGACCAGUUGAAGCAAUUGCAUUCGACGAAUAAACUGGCAAACGAUUCGGGCAUAGAAAUAAAACAACAAAUAUGUAGUAGAAUUCAAGAACAAUCCCAAAUAUUGCAAGACAAAUUGCCAGAAUUGAUAUAUUCCAAGAUUGACGCCAAGCUUGAAACAAAAUCCCAGAACGAUACCAAAUCUUUCGAUAACUUGCUGACUCAAUUGGAGUCUAUAACGAACAGUUUGCCAGAUAGUGAUUUAGUAAGACAGAUUAUAGAUCCCAUUGUAGCUGAGCUCAGGUCUGUAUCCCUUGAUCAAAGAUCACUUCUGUUGUUGGAAAACAUUUUGAACAGACUAGGUGAUAAGAAGUCGGAGAAUGACCUCCAUGACGAGUUUUUCCUCGAUGUGAGGUCUGGUCUCAAGUCGAUAGAUCUGCUCAUUACAUCGAAAAACGACCAGAUAGACUCAUUGAGUAAGAAAUACGAUGCACAAGAAAGAGCAUUGAUAGAACUUCGGGAGACACAAAAGUUGCAACGGUCACAUGAUGACCUUGAGUUGAAGAUAAGUCAAUUGGACAGCAAGUAUCAAUUGUUAACUACCGCUUAUCAAAAGAAGUACGAAGAUUUCAAAAAUCUUCACCAACAAUACAAAUCUCUCGAAUCCAAUAUUGAACGAUUGCAAAUAGCGACUCCACCGCCAAACAAGGUAAAAAAGUUAGCCAAGGUAAGGCAACUUCAUGAAUCUAAAUUGAACGAGAUAUACGAGUCCCAGUAUGAUUCGAAAAAUAAUGCUAACAGGAGAUUC